UCGCGAGAGUUGCGUUUGCGCGCGAACUCUAACUACAGGGGUCCAGGGGUGGGACGGUGGCUGCUUUCUGGGCAGGGGUUCCCUGAGGGACGCCACAGCCACUGCGGACCCGGCCGGUCACCUUGGUCCCCCAGCCAUGGAGAGCUCAGCCGUCCAGCAGCAGGAGCAGCCCGCGGCGGCCAAGAUGCGGAACCUGCCGUGGGUCGAAAAGUACCGGCCACAGACACUGAACGAUCUCAUUUCUCACCGGGACAUCCUGAGUACCAUUCAGAAAUUCAUUAGUGAAGACCGACUGCCACACCUGCUUCUCUACGGCCCUCCGGGGACAGGAAAGACGUCCACCAUCCUCGCCUGUGCUAAACAGCUGUACAAAGACAAAGAAUUCGGCUCCAUGGUCUUGGAGCUGAAUGCGUCGGACGACCGAGGAAUUGAUAUCGUUCGGGGACCAAUCCUGAGCUUUGCUAGCACAAGGACAAUAUUUAAGAAGGGCUUCAAGCUGGUGAUCUUGGAUGAAGCUGAUGCCAUGACUCAGGACGCCCAGAAUGCCUUGCGAAGAGUGAUUGAGAAAUUCACCGAAAACACCAGGUUCUGCCUCAUCUGUAACUACCUGUCCAAGAUCAUCCCCGCCUUGCAGUCCCGGUGCACGCGGUUCCGAUUCGGGCCCCUGACGCCGGAACUCAUGGUCCCGCGCCUGGAACACGUGGUGGAGGAGGAGAAGGUCUAUGUCAGUGAAGACGGCAUGAAAGCUCUCAUAACUCUGUCGAGCGGGGACAUGCGGAGAGCCCUGAACAUUCUGCAGAGCACCAACAUGGCCUUCGGGAAGGUGACGGAGGAGACCGUGUACACCUGCACGGGGCACCCGCUCAAGUCCGACAUCGCCAACAUUCUGGACUGGAUGUUGAAUCAAGACUUCACCACAGCCUACAGGAAUAUCAUGGAGUUGAAAACCGUGAAGGGGUUGGCGCUGCAUGACAUCCUGACGGAGAUCCACUUGUUUGUGCACAGAGUUGACUUCCCGUCGUCAGUUCGAAUACACCUGCUGACUAAAAUGGCAGAUAUUGAGUACAGACUUGCUGUUGGCACCAACGAGAAGAUCCAGCUGAGCUCCCUCAUCGCUGCUUUUCAAGUCACCAGGGACCUGAUUGUGGCAGACGCCUAGGUGCUCCCGGGCCUGCGGGCCCCAGCUUUGGGGCCCCGCUGUGCCUCGAGAACAGAGGACCCAGUUACAGGACAGGGAGUGAGCCGCCGUCCCCCUAGCCUGGGGCACCACUGUUCCUGCCGUACGUGGGUGCACCUGCAGAUGCGGGGCGCCACGGUCCCGGGGGUCCAGCACGGGCUUCUCUCUGCACUGCCCCGGCUGUCUUGUAGUCGGGGGGAAAACCUGAUUUUCAGCAUUGAAGCUUUUUAUCUUUCAGGUGCUAGACGACAGGAAGUUGGCCUGUCUUUUGGUCUGGAACAUAAAGGCUUCAAAUCUAAUGUCCUAGUCUCUGCCAAUGCAGCCUUAAGCACCUCCCAGGUUAAGUUUACGUGUGUCAUCUGCGGCACUGUUUUGGCCAAAACAAUGAACUCUUAAGAAUAAAACACUGCUGGGCUGCUGUUGUGGCAGAGCAGGGUAAGCCGCCGCCUGCCACGUGGGAAUCCCGUGUGAGCCCCAGCGCCAGCGCCAGCUAAUGCACCUGGGAAAGCCGCAGCAGGUGGCCCACGGACACGUGGGUGACCCAGUGGAUGGAAGAUCGUUGUAACUCUGCCUUGCAAAUAAAUAAAUGUUUUAAAAAAAGGAAA